CAAACAGCCGUUAAGUACCGACUCUCUCACCCUUUCCCUUAUAUAUAAUCAGUUUAUAAAAAAUAAAAAAAAUAACUGUUGUUCUUUUACACUAGUACCGUUUUAAAAGCAAAUGAAAAACUGUAGCGUGUCUGAGCGAAGCAGAACCGAAGUAGCAGGGAGUCCUCUCGUCACCUAGCUUAGCGCCCUCCCUGCCCAGUUCAGCAGCUCCUCUCCGCCUUGUGUCCCUCUCUUCCUAUCACUGUCAGCUCGGCUCAGUCAGUAGUUUAGCAGGCUAGUACGGAGACACAAGGGCUGCUCCCUUUCGCCUCUGCUCGGUCUGCUUCAGCACACCAACACCAUACAUUCCGCACCAUGGCUGCCACGGACGUUGACGUGUUUUCGAAUGAAGAGAAGCGUAACCUCAGUUUGGGUGGCCAUGUUGGGUUUGACAGCCUCCCUGAGCAGCUGGUCAGCAAAUCGGUCACGCAGGGUUUUUGUUUCAACAUCCUAUGUGUAGGGGAGACUGGUAUCGGAAAGUCGACGUUAAUGAACACGCUCUUUAACACCAUGUUUGAGAACGAAGAGGCGAGCCAUUACCAGAACGGCGUGUAUCUGCGGCCUCGAACAUACGACCUGCAAGAAACCAACGUCCGCCUCAAACUGACCAUUGUUGACACGGUUGGCUUCGGCGAUCAGAUCAACAAAGAGGAUAGUUACAAACCCAUUGUUGACUACAUUGACACUCAGUUUGAAAACUAUCUCCAGGAAGAGCUGAAGAUCAAACGCUCGCUGUUUAACUACCACGACACCAGGAUCCACAUCUGCCUUUAUUUCAUUGCCCCGACAGGACACUCCCUCAAGUCCCUGGACCUCGUUACUAUGAAAAAACUGGACAGCAAGGUCAACAUAAUUCCCAUCAUUGCCAAAGCGGACACAAUCUCCAAGAGCGAGCUUCAUAAAUUCAAAAUAAAGAUAAUGAGCGAGCUGGUGAGCAACGGCGUCCAGAUAUAUCAGUUCCCAACAGAUGACGAAACUGUCAGUGAGAUCAAUGCCUCCAUGAAUGCCCAUCUGCCAUUUGCUGUAGUCGGGAGUGUGGAAGAAGUCAAAGUGGGGAACAAAGCAGUGAGGGCCAGACAGUACCCCUGGGGUGUCGUUCAAGUUGAGAACGAGAGCCACUGCGACUUUGUAAAGCUCAGAGAGAUGCUGAUCAGAGUCAACAUGGAGGAUCUGAGGGAGCAGACACAUGCCCGCCAUUAUGAGCUGUACCGGCGCUGCAAGCUCGAGGAGAUGGGUUUCAAAGAUACAGAUCCUGACAGCGAGCCAUUCAGCCUUCAGGAGACGUAUGAGGCUAAGAGGAAAGAGUUCUUGGGGGAUCUGCAGCGCAAAGAGGAAGAAAUGCGGCAAAUGUUUGUCAACAAAGUAAAAGAGACGGAAGCAGAACUUAAAGACAAGGAGAGAGAGUUGCACGAAAAGUUCGAGCAGCUGAAACGGAUGCACCAGGAGGAGAAGAAGAAGGUGGAGGAUAAGCGAGGAUACCUGGAGGAGGAGAUGAACGCCUUUAACAAGAGGAAGGCGGCAGCCGAGACACUGUCCUUAUCUCAGCCCGUCAAGAAAGACAAGGACAAGAAAAAUUAAUUUUUGGGCGCUGUAUACCCUUCCUCACGCGGCCAUGGAUUUGUCCUCCAUCACCAUAGCAGCGACAACAUCUGUUUUUUGUUGGUUUGUUUGUUUUCGUUUGUUUGUUCCGACAUUCCAUCUUGAUAUUGUGCACACGGACCAAAGACUCUGAGGAUGAUGAUGAUGAUGAUGGUGAAGCCACAGGGAAGAAAAGAGUGAAAGAUGGUGAGAGAUGAUGAGCAAAAAUAUUCACGUUCCAUCAGAGGCCAUCUCAUUUAUUCAGGAUCUUUGUUUGUUUGUUUUGCUUCCCCCCCUUUGGACACUUUUUAAAAUAAAU